AGGUUAAAACAGAGAACGUGAACAGACGACGGUCUUCCUUUCUGAAACUCUUUGUAAAUUAAGUAAUUAAAUAAAUUAAAGUGUAAAAGAAGCAGCAAGACGUCAAGGAGACAGGAAGGAUGCGUUUAUUUCGGUGUAUGUGUUUAUUCUGGAUGUUCCUGCUGGUGUCUUCACUACACUCACAGAUGCAGAUCAAGCCAUUGAUUUACGACGAGCAGUUGCUGUGGGUGAGCGAUGGAGCAGGCAAUGUGAACACGUAUCGGAUCCCUCUGCUGACGUUUACCUCACGAGGAAGUCUGCUGGCCUUUGCCGAGGCCAGGAAAGACUCAUCAGGAGACAUCGGGGCAAAGUUCAUUGCAAUGAAACGCUCCACAGACGGAGGAGCUACCUGGUCUCCAACAUCCUUCAUAGUGGACGAUGGCAUACUGAUCGAUGGCUUGAACCUUGGUUCAGUUGUAGUGGAUGAGAUAAAAGGCUCGGUGAUGCUCAUCUACUCUUUGUGCUUCCACCAAUUCCAGUGCAGCCCCUCGAGCACCAUGUUAGUGGAGAGUUGGGAUGAUGGUAUAAGCUGGAGCACUCCUCGCAAUCUCUCUGUCCAGCUUGGGGUGAAGAGCUUUGCUCCUGGGCCAGGAUUUGGCAUUCAGAAACGUUUUAGUCCAGCAGCAGGUCGUUUGGUGGUGUGUGGUCACGGCACCAUCGAGGGCGACGGGGUUUUCUGUAUCUUGAGCGACGAUCACGGGCAGACGUGGAGGAACGGAGGCUCACUGAAGAGCAUCCCUUAUAACCAGCCCAAACAGAGCCAGGACUUCAAUCCUGAUGAGUGUCAGCCGGUGGAGCUGCAGGACGGCAGCAUCAUGAUCAACGUGCGGAACCAAAACAACUACCACUGCUGCUGCAGGAUGGUGGUGCGGAGCCUGGAUGGAGGAGAGACGCUGCCCGUGGAGGAGCUGAGGUUCGACCACACACUGGUAGAUCCCAUGGUGGCAGCUGGAGCUCUACAGAAGGAAGACGUGCUGUACUUCAGCAACCCGGCCAACUCCCAGAAGAGGGUAAACAUGACUCUGCGCUGGUCUUUUACUAACGGGACGACGUGGGAAAACGAGGCCAUGCAGAUCUGGGCUGGGCCGAGCGGCUACUCCUCCAUGACGUCUCUCUAUGGCAACUCCAUCGAAGAUAAGAAGUACAUCUUCGUCAUCUAUGAGAAGGGCCAGAAAGAGUCCAUCGAGACCAUCUCUGUCGCCAAAAUCCACCUGUACGGCGGCAGGUAGAGCGAGAGCUCAGUGCGCGGCGAGAAAGAAAAAAGGGAAACAGAAGUGAUCACACAUGACCUGGGAGUGUGGGUGAUGAGUGAUUUGGAAUCAUUUCACUUUCUAAAUACAACAGAUAAUCCAGUGCAAGAUUGUACACAGAAACAUGAAAAAGUCCUGGAAACUGCUUUGUCGCCUGUCUUCCAAAACUACAAACACCUGACAUCUGAAUAGAAGAUUUGGAAUGGAUUGAUUAACAAAAUUCCUACUUUUUAAUCCUUUAAUGGUGACUUUUUUUAUUCUUAUUCCACUCUAGCACAAACAAAUCCCUGCACAUAAUAAUCGAUUUAUAUUUAUACAGCAACACAUGUCCUCAUGAGCCACCUGGUGAUUAAAAAGUGCACAUUCUAUAUCACAUGAUGGUCAUUAGCAUCUGAACUUAUAAAGCUGGUGUAUUCGGUCACAUGCUCUUGCUGAAACGUUUACGGAUUUGAACUGUGGGAACAACUCAGGUGUCUUUUGUCCUGUGGAUUUUUUUUCUUUUGAACCUCAUAAUGUAUUAAUGUACAAGCUUAUAAGGAAUUAUUCUAACAGAAUGUGAAUGAAAAACCUACUCCGUGCUUUUUCAUUCUAUCUAGAAUAAUGUCCAAGCUGUUCGAGAUUUUAUACAAACACUUUUUUAGAAUUAGUAUAUGACAAAAAUAUAAGUGUGUUUGUGUAUGAGUGUUUGUGUAUGAGUGUGUGUGCAUGAGUGUGUGUGUAUGAGUGUGUGUGCAUGAGUGUGUGUGCAUGAGUGUGUGUGCAUGAGUGUGUGUGCAUGAGUGUGUGUGCAUGAGUGUGUGUGCAUGAGUGUGUGUGCAUGAGUGUGUGUGCAUGAGUGUGUGUGCAUAUGAGUGUGUGUGCAUAUGAGUGUGUGUGCAUAUGAGUGUGUGUGCAUAUGAGUGUGUGUGCAUAUGAGUGUGUGUGCAUAUGAGUGUGUGUGCAUAUGAGUGUGUGUGCAUAUGAGUGUGUGUGCAUAUGAGUGUGUGUGCAUAUGAGUGUGUGUGCAUAUGAGUGUGUGUGCAUAUGAGUGUGUGUGCAUAUGAGUGUGUGUGUGCACAUGCAGGCAACAGUGCCUAAUAUUUCAUUCACAUUAGCCUACAUUUCUAAAGGUAUUAACGUAUAAGGAAUUAUGUUUGCAUGCUAUAAACAACAGAAUACAUUUUGUCAUCCAUCUGUUUUGAAACUGGGAGGAAGUCAGUUGUACAAACAUACUGAAAAUCAGAAUAUAGGAAUUUGUAUGUUCCCAAUGUACCACUGAAAAAUGAAAAAAUUCCAAUUCCAUGACUGCGAAAACAUCAUUUUGUUUGUUUGUUUGUUUGUUUGUUUUUUAAUUACACGUUCAUUAUUGAUCCUUAGAGAACAUAAAUCUAACGUGAAAGAAUUUCCACUAAGUUUCUUUGCUCUUAAAUGAAUAACAGAGUUUAUUUUAUAUUUUUAAAAACGUUGCACGGCAUUAGCCAGCUAGCCCAACUAUUAUCCGUGCUAACAGCAUGAGAUCAUUAAGGACUUGCUAAUGUGUUACUCAAAAGGAAAUUUGAAUGAAUAGCUUACUUUAUUUCUAUUAUUCAAGAUAAUAUGAUUCUUCAUUUCUCAGUCAGUGCCACUGUAUUAUUGUAAAUAAAGAAAAAAGGAAUGAAA